CUCUUCCAAUUGGUUGCCGACUGGCGGCUCUCUUAUCACAGUAAGGUUCUCAUUCAUACACCCUGUGUACGCCUUCUAAAAAUAACUUACUGUCAUCCAUGGUACCGACUUUGAAUAGACGGGACAAAUCAUUUCAAUUGGGGAAUAAUUCAACUGAAAGAAUAGACGACUGACAACAUAACGACAGUUCCGUUGAACAGUGUUGAAGACCUCUCGACCCUCUCGGUUCUAUGAACAUGUUUCAGACCGUGCCUGACACUUCGUCUUACGUCAAGGAGGCACUGUCAGUGGUGAGUGAAGACCAGUCCCUGUUCGAGCCUCCUUACGCUGCUGCUGCCCCUCUACCCAAGACAGACAUGACUGCAUCUGGCACACAGGACUACGUCCAGCCCCACAAAAUCCACCCAUUACCCCCUCAGCAAGAGUGGAUUAACCAGCCAGUCCGAGUCAAUGUCAAGAGAGAGUAUGACCACAUCAAUGGAUCCAGCAGGGAGUCCCCAGUGGACUGCAGUGUGGGGGGUAAAUGCAAUAAGCUUGUGGGGGGCAACAACACAUCUCAGAUGAGUUACGGAAGCUACAUGGAUGAGAAGAAUGCUCCGCCCCCCAACAUGACUACCAAUGAGAGGAGAGUGAUCGUCCCCGCAGAUCCAUCGUUGUGGUCUCAGGAUCAUGUCCGCCAGUGGCUGGAGUGGGCCAUCAAGGAGUACGGCCUGCUGGAGAUGGACACGGCCAUGCUCCAAAACACAGACGGCAAGGAACUGUGUAAGAUGAGCAAGGACGACUUCCUCCGACUCACCACCAUGUACAACGCUGAAGUCCUGCUCUCUCAUCUCAAUUAUCUCAGGGAAAGUAGCUCAUCAUUAUCCUACAACACUCCAUCUCACAUGGAUCAGUCUCCAAGCCUGGCUGCCAAAGAAGACCCAUCAUAUGAUGCUGUACGGCGGACUGGAUGGUCGAACAACAUGCACAAUGGAAAAGGCUCGCCGGUGGUCACACAGAACGUGUCCAAGUCCACUGAACAGCCCAGACCUCAGCCAGAUCCUUACCAGAUCCUGGGGCCCACCAGCAGUCGACUGGCCAACCCAGGUUCAGGACAGAUCCAGCUGUGGCAGUUCCUGCUGGAGCUCCUGUCAGACAGCGCCAAUGCCGGCUGCAUCACCUGGGAGGGCACCAAUGGAGAGUUCAAGAUGACUGACCCAGACGAGGUGGCGAGGCGCUGGGGCGAGAGGAAGAGCAAGCCCAACAUGAACUACGACAAGCUGAGCCGCGCCCUGCGCUACUACUACGACAAGAACAUCAUGACCAAGGUGCACGGCAAGCGCUACGCCUACAAGUUUGACUUCCACGGCAUCGCCCAGGCCCUGCAGCCCCACCCCACCGAGUCCUCCAUGUACAAGUACCCCUCGGACCUGGCAUACGUGCCCUCCUACCAUGCCCACCAGCAGAAGGUCAACUUCGUGUCCCCACACCCUCCCUCCAUGCCAGUCACCUCUUCUAACUUCUUUGGACCCACCGCUCCAUACUGGAGCUCCCCAGGGGGCAUCUACCCCAACCACAGCGUCCCCCGCCACCCCAACUCCCACGUGCCCUCUCACUUGGGCAGUUACUACUAAACCCCACUGCACCGUGCCAUCUUCCCCCAACCUCCCCUCCUCUCCCCAAAACCAACCACACCAGGGCUGACUUGCACUCUCGCAAUGAAAUGAAACUAAGACCGAGAGAAAGGGGGAUUCUCCGCCUCCACCCAAAGUCUGCUCUUAACUGGCAAAAUGAAGGACGCUAACUGAAGUAUGAAAAAAACUGGAUGCUGUGAUCCAAAUGGAAUACUACUUAUUUACAAGACAAUACUGUUUCCAUGUUUGUUUUCUUAUGUUGAUGUGCGUAACAGUGCGUCUGUGUUUUUUCUGCCUUUCUGUCCCCUGAAAGCUGCACCCAUGGGCCAGUUCAGAGUGCCCCCAAAAUCUGGACACGGUUACCCACACAGACGCAGCCUUAUCAAGAGACAAUAGAGGCUCUCAUACCUACUGUGUGCCUGAUCACAGACAUGGACCCAUUCUCUAUGGGACUCAAUUUACAUUCUUCUCAUACAGUGAAACUCCUGCCUUGUUCCUCGUUUCCGUCUCUGGGGUCUCAGAUCCACAUCAUGUCUGUCUGCCUGAUGUUCUGUUAUCAGUUUGUCAGUCCGUCUGCAACUCUUUAUGUAUGCGGAGCAUCAUCUGGAACUGUUGAGGAAGGGCUCCAAAGAAAAGGACUUCUCAGCACUGAAUGAAAAUGAAAUAUUGGCAACUGGAAUAUGCCAUUGAUUCACACUUAACUUAUCCUCCAAACUGGAAGUAGGCGAGUUGGAGACCAGAGUUGGAUGUGAAGCACUGUAGCUAUGUUUUCAGGGGGCCACACACCAGUUGACUGUUGUUACAGUAACUAUGUUUGUCCUCUUCAGCCAUUGGUUCUUUCCAUUCCAGGAUAUAAGUCAUUAUUAAUGUGAAUGCCCUCUGGUCCAUGGAACACAUCAUCAAUUUGACAAUCACAGUUGUUUCUAGAAGAGCUACGUGUCUCACGGUGGUCUCUCCCUCUUCUGUCCAGGCCAGUCAAGUGUCGACACAGAGUGACUUACCACAGCACUAUGUCGUGUCAUGUCAACCCUCACCUAACUGUCUCUGUGCAUUCAUACAGCACUGCCAUUUUAAAACGUGCAUUUUCAGAUGGUUAAAGUUUGUUGUAUGAAAGAAACAAGUGUAUUUAAACAGCUGAAUCUGGACUUUUGUCUCAGUACUUCUUGAAAAUAAAUGGUUUACUAAAUAAAGAACAAAACCAGUGAAGUAAGAAAGGAUGAAAACAGAGAAAUCCUCAGAUUCGCGAACGCUGUGCGUUUGUCAGACAUAUUUUCUAUUGUUUUGUGAACAUCGGUCAACUAGGCAUUAAAACAACUUACUGUAUAAAUUAUGCAGAGUUAUUUUCAUAUGUGACACAGUUUUAAAAAGUCAAGAGAAUAAAUACGAGUUGACCUCGGUCCAAAAUGCAAUUUUUUAAAAGUCCGUUACUGAUAUGUAGUAUGUUCAACAUUUUUAAACGUUUUAUAUCUGUACAUUUGGGCAAUACAUUUUUACGUUUGUAUUUUAUUUUUUAAAUUAGUGAACACAAGAUUUGUUCUGGUUAUUAUCAAAUACCACAAAUGCCUGCUUGAAUCAUAAUCCUAUACUUAUAGUCAAUCUGUUAUUCUGUAUAUACCAAGAUUAUGGUUGCUUUUAAUUCUAAAAUAGGCCAACAACACUUUCCAUGUCCAUGUACCAUUAAGCCAACCAGCCCAGAAAUUGGCAGCUUUUGUCUGUGCCUUUAAAAUGGCCAGGUAUAUUAUGCAAAUGAGUGCAGACACCCCUAAUAUUCACAGGAAUCUCUUGAAGCUCCAUUGGUUUAGUGGUUUGAACUAAAGGGAAUUUGUUAAAUUUAACAUGAAGGUAAUCAUCAAAAAUGUACCCUUUACGCCCACCUCUCAAUAGUAAUGUUCAAUGAAAGGGAACUGUUACUUCAUAUAUGCAAUGUAUUUUGGAUAUUAAAUAUAUAAAUAUUAUGUAAUUUUGCAAUUAACCAUUUUAUUAUUGUUGUAAUUCCUGCGAUGUAUUAAGUAAUACCUUUUGAAAUAGGAUUUUUUGGGGGGACAAAAUAAAAGUUUUUACUUCUGAACAGAUUUACUUCUCUUGGUCCAUUGUCUGCCAGAAAGUAGAAUAGUGCUCUUUAGCUAUUAGGCAAAGUUACAACAUGAAAUUCAUAGUGUAGCUCUGUUUCAAUCAAUACUUAAUCAUCAUUACUAGCCAUUUCAACCGGACUAUAACCCAAUUUCAUUCAUUUUUAGAUUUUCAGUGUUAAAAAAAUGAUUUGUGGAGAAAAUACAUUUCCUCUGGAGAAGAGAAACAGGAAAUCCUUUAUGGGUUCCUCUGAUGUGGGGGGGGGGGGGGGGGGGUGUUAGAAGUGUUAUGUAAGCCUCAGAAGGGUAUAUUGAGACUCCUUCCCAACUUGAGAGGUACAAGGAUGAGAGGUGGGGCCUUUGUCCUCUUGUUAUCAUAGAUGAUGUCAGGUCUCUGUUAAUGGUAACUGCAUUAUUUACAGUAAUGUAUUCAGUAUACUGCCAUUAGCCUACGCACAAUGGAGUCGUACAAAAUAACAGCAUGGGUUGUCAGUGUGUGCGCGUGCGUGUGUGUGAGAGAGAGAGGGAGAGAGGGGAGAAAAACACUUUCCUAUCCUAUACUAUCAAUUUAAUUUAUCGAUGUAUCAUGUAGGGUCGGUUAAGUAACACAGGUGUCAUCAGGCAAUACGUUUCAUAUGAAAUGUUUAAUGUGAUGUCCAUUGAAAGCUUUGAUUUUCUGCAUGGAUUUAAAAGGUUGUGAAAUAGCCUGGGCGUGAUAAAAAAGUGAUUGUAUGCCAUUAAACAGAGAAGGUCACAUCCAUCACAUCCAACCCAUACCACCUUUAAAAUCAACAAUGGCAGUCAUGCACAUCACCACAGGGGGAAAAGCGAUUCACUGUCGCCACCAUGUGGCUAGUAUUGGCCAACGCGGGGGACCACUUCGCCGUGUAAACCACCAGUGGCACUUGUGUGACCCGUCCGUGCGGGUGCUUUUUCAAAGGCUAUGUCAGACACUCCAGUGAGUGUAAUGAGCGUGUAAUUUCGUCAAUAUUAGGAGUUGAGAAAUAAAGUUGACAUCAUUAGAAAGAAGAUAUUAUAUUUUCUGCUGUAGGUAAUUUCAAAUUAGCUUAUUAUUUUGUUGCUAGCAAUAUUCAUAUAAACAUACAAAAAUCUCAUUUUGUUUUGUCAAUGCUAGUGUGGUUCCUUGGGACGACCCUAUCCUAAACUCUAACUGUAACUAUUACCCUAACCCUAACCUGAACCAUAACCCUUACCUGAACCUAACCUUAACCCUUACAAUUUUCCAUUUCAACUUCAAUGAGGUAGGCACGUCUCAAGGAUCCCAGAUAGCAAGGACCAUUUAGUAAUGGACAGAAUUGUCUUCAAGUUCAGUAGCCAAUUUGGUGGGAAAGCAUAUUCAAGUCUUGUGUCUCAAAAUGCUGUCACUGUGAUGACAUUUCAGUUUAAAAGAGAUGUUUUUCAUUUAGUUUCCUUCAUAAUGUAAAGACAAUGCUAAUGGUAGCUGACUAAACUACAUUCCAUGGUGAAGGAAGUUUCUGAUGAACACCAACGGAGUGGAGUAGAAACCAGGUUUUGUGGAACUCGCCCAAGCUCAAUACUUACAAUGUUUUUAAGGAAACGCUUACCUUGUACUGAUGUUUGUGCCUUUGUUUGCUGAGAUCAAUACUUUUUCAAUAAACGUUAAUCAAAUACA